AUGGACAAGAAACGCGUCUUCAAGGCAAGCGAACCCAGGUAUUCAAAGGGCAUUGUAGCAACUCAGAGGCCACCCGUUUCUUCUCAGAAUCUUACCGCUAAAGAAUCCAAACCAAUUGAAAGAUGGAUACAGGACGUUGAAUCCAAGGAUCGCAGAGUCAUAUCACGAAGUGUAACAGAUGAGGGUAUAUUUCAUUCAAAGGCGGACAACAAAAGAAAUAAACGUUACAGCAAAGCUGAGCGGGAGUUGAUCGAUACAUUCGCUCGUUGUCAGCAAGAAAAGAGCCUUCAAGAACUCCAAGUGGCUUCGCUGAAGAAGGUUCUUUCUAUUCUGAGCAACAGCAUUGCUGACUCCAAGGCGCGCCUGGAUCAACUUCAUGUUCUUCUAGCAGACAGAGACACCGACCCUGAACUAUAUAGGUCCCUGCAAUGCGAACGGUGGAUGGAGGAGAGGCGCCAACUCUCUGCUGUUGAGGUGUCGAAGGUUCUCGAAGAACGUCUCGCCAUUGUCAUGUCAUCGUUACCGGCUCCCGCGGAAGCAAGUUGUAGCUCUGAACCUUCAGCGUCACGGGCGAAUUCGAAUCUUGCAAAGUUUCUCGAGUCACCUAGACGACGUGUGCCGACCCGCAACCGCACGCGCAGACGAGUAUAUGUGCCUCCGGGUCCACAAGACGUUCUUUCUCGCCUCCCCAGUACUUCGGUCAUGCAAACAGAGUCCAACCCCACCAUUUCUACCGCUCUUUCAACUCCUGCGACCCCGCAAGCAUCACCGUCACUGCUUCAGACUGCCUUAAUUAAUUCAACACAGAAGCUUUCUACGGUCGACGAGAAUUCUGGAUGUAUCACUAUUUGGCGUGACUCUCCGCGUUCCAAGGAAGAGAUUCUGGCUGACCUUACAGUCGACAUGCCCGACUAUGUUGGCGACCUUCUCUCUGGUCUGGAUUCAACAACAUACUCUCCAGCGUCCUUACAAAUUCCAGAAGAGGUUCAUUCUCCCCACUUAAAGCACUCAAAGGCCCGUGAAAUCCAAAGUCCUUGUUCCACACAUUCCAGAACGUCGUUCGUUCCCGAAACACCUCGUUCCCACCGUUCCUCGGUGCAAGUUCAUAUGUCUCCAUCCCGCAAACGGAUCAGCACACUCUUUUCUCUUCCAGAAGCACUAUCGUCCAAGAGGACCAUCAACAUCGACUCUGAACGGGCAAAGAAUAGUAGUACACCUCCUGAACCGAAAGGCGUGGAUGCAACUACCUCACGCCCAUUCUCCGUAUCGUUUUCUGGUCUCCCUUCCAGUGACUCUGGGGCCUCUCAUGACCCGACAACAGACAAGAAAACGCCUUCUCGCCUCAGACACCGUCUAUCAUUCUUCCGCCGCCAUUAA